AAUUCAGUACUGCCACCUAGGGGCAGUCAGAUGUACUGAUCUCUCAUACACUGAGGCAGGUUUAUUAUUAUGGAGUCAUGCAACUUUAUCCUAUUCUGAUCCUGAUAAAACAUUUAUAGCUUUGGGUAGAAUGGCAGUUUCCCCCCCCCCUGUAUCUAAGGGGAAAAAGAAGAUGUUCAUUUCAUGUUCAACUACACAUUUUUACACAGUAUAAGCUUACUUUUUUUAGUUGUCUUUAUUAUUUUUAUUGAGAUCAUUUUUUAUUCAUUGGCGCCUGUGCAAUGUUUUCCACGUCUCCAUGGAUCAGCUUCAUUUAAUAUUAACACAUUCGGCGUCAAUCUGACACCCUGACACUGUUAUUUAUUUGAGGACCUUUAACGUGACAGCACUGGCUAUUAAUAGGAAAGCGUGCUGUGUGUAGAGAGCCCAUCCCCGCGGAUUAUGUAGGGUAGCUUUGCGGGAUGGAGACGCGGCGGGUGCGGUUCCGGGUGGCGUCGGCGCGCAGCGGCAGGGUGCUGCGGGAAGUGUUCAGGGAAGACGAGGAAGGGACCGAGGACUCGGCGGAUUCAGACACAGCCGCCGGGUCGGAGGCUGAGCGCGCCAUCUCUCCUGCCAGCAGGGAGGCGAACGGGCAUCUGAUCGGCCUGGCGGUGGAGCAGCACGAGGACAGCGGCAGCGAUCCGGACGACCUGCUGGUGUACGCGAGCGCAGCGCAUGAGCAGCUCUUCAGUCGCAAACGCGUGAAUAUCUUCAGCAAGAACGGCACGAUCCGUGGCGUGAGGGACAAAGUGAGCGCUGGCCAAGUGCUCUUCAAUAAUCUCUCCAAACUCUACGGGGGCAGAGAGACCAUGUCUGUGAAGAAGCUGCCUGCAGGAGUUUAAAGUAAUACAGAGCAGAACACAGCAUUACAUCUGGACAGGGGUGUUGUAUGAGGAGCCUCAGUAAUCUGUUCUAAACAUUGACCAGGGACGGACUGCUUUAGUCACUGUUCAUUAACACAAGUUUUAUGGAACUUUAUUUAGAAGCUGAAAUUUCCAAGUGCAGUCCUGCAAUUUGUGAUAUUUCUUGAAGAAGAUAAGGAAUUUACAGAAAAGUCCACUGGAUGUUUUUAAGCUGGGGAAUUUCAUGAUGGAAAUUCUGGGAUAUGGGCUAAUAUGCUCCAUUCUGGACUAACUGGAUCCUGUUUAUGCUCCUACUGGAACAUCCAAACAGCAAGGCAUUUGCAGCCUGCUCUGAUGUACAGCAUAUGAUCACACAUGGCACUUUUUUGUGUUGACUAAAGCAGUAAGAUAAUUCUUUUGCAGUGAAUCAAGUGCAUAUUUUCUUUUACAUACAGAAGUGUCAAGUUUGUGGGAUGAGCUAAUGUGAACUUUAUUAAAUGUUCUUUGUAAUUGGAAUUAAACUACAGUAGGGGAUGUUUCAUCUCUAUAAUAAACUCCUUCAGCUGAACAUUAAAUGGUUAAACAGUCAUUACCUGUAUGAUGAUCAUUGUUUAUUGCAUUUGAUCUUUCAUUUUUUAAUUGCCUACACUCAUUAAUAUUCAUUUGAAUAAUAAAAACAGUGUAAAUAUGCCCUUUAUAUAAAUAUUAUCUUUGUGUUUUCUUAUUUUUUAUUAUUUAGUAAGAGAGAUGAUGGGAAUGACAGUAGGUCAGAGCCAGUCAUUUUUAGUUUUGUAUGUUAAUGAAUUCUAAAAUGUAUUGGGAAGAUGAAUAUCAUGAUUUUGUUCACUUUUCAUUUUGUUCAAAUAAAUUUUCUUCUGUAAUUUUUAUAGAAUCUGCAGAACAGCUUUAUUCAGUAUAUUCAAAAUGUCUGUUUCAUUAAAACCUGAUAAACAAAACAGGCAGUUGGUACUGGUUUACUUAAUUAUACUUAUUUUAUUUCUGACUACAAAAGUUUAUGUUUACUACACAUCCUUGAGGAACUGUGCAAGGUG